AUACAGGCAUUUGGUUUCCCAUCCCAUGACGGCACAGUAGAAACGCGGUUCCUGGCUAGCGCUAGCGUGUUCCAUCCCCACGCCCAAAUUAGCCCGCAGGCCGUGCCCCAUUGGCGCCCCCUGGCCGCCUCGCGCCGCACUUCAACGUCUUCGUCCUCACCGCACGCCGUCGUCCACCCACCCACGCUCACUCAUUCUUGCACAUUACCUUCUCCCCAGCCGUCACUCUUUACGCGGUCUGCUAAUACCCAGCUACCUAUCUUCCAACCUCCACACGCUCUCUUACCCCCACGCCGCGACUCGCCCGACACUCCAUAAAAAGAAACAAACAAUGUUCUCCAAGACCCUCUUCGCCAUCGCCUUUGCGGCCGUUGCGUCUGUCGCCAGCGCCGCGUCGCCUCCGGGCUGCCUCCUCGGCGCCGUAAACUCGUACGACACACCCUCGGACAUCAAGGCCGUGUGCUCCGCCAAGGACAUCACCAGCCAGAUCUCCCAGAACUGCGGCGACAAGGCGCAGGACGCGCUCAAUGCGCUAGCCGACAUCUGCAACGAUGCCGGCGUGAAAGUUUCGACCAAGCUUCCCACCACCGCGUCGUCCGGAACAGCAGCCCCCACUGGCACCGGCUCGAGCAGCAAGAGCAGCGGCUCCGCGCAGAGCACCGGCUCCGCGUCCCAGUCCGGCUCGGGCACCACCGAGAACUCGUCCUCCGGCACGGCAACUGGCGCGCCGGCUGAGAACACUGGUGCUGCGGGCGCGCUGGAGGUCAGCACCGCGGCGUUGCUUGCUGGGCUUGGUAUCUUCGCUGCGGCGUUGUAGAUACGCGGUGUUGAAACUUGGGGUGUGGUCGGGAUUGAAGUUGUGAGAUAUGUGGGAUAGAAGAUGAAGAUGGUUGUUCAUAUCUGAGGGCAGGGAGGUGAAGCGCCAUCCUGCUUUUCUUUGGCUAUAUUAUACCUAGUGUGAAUAUGGAGUUUGUUUCUCUGGCAAAGCUGCUGUUGCUCGUGUGCCUUGACGGAUAAUGAGUGAUCAAGUGCGAGCAUCAUGGACAUGAGCGAGAAACUCUUGACCAGGUUCUAUCCCAGCGUUGGAAUUAGCAUACACGACC